AUGCCUCCGUCCGAGAGCCUCCGCCACCCUCUGGUGCGCGGAGCCGGCACCGAGCCGUGGCUCGGUCGCAACGGCUUCGCGCCUCCCCGCCGCUGCCGCGACACCGGCGCGCUCGUGGCGCUGCUGCUCUGCUUCGUUGCGAUGGCGGCCAUCGCCGCCGUCGCCCUGCGCGAGGGAGACAUCGGCCGGCUCGAGACGGGCAUGGACGUGACCAACCAGCUGUGCGGGCUGCGGCGCGAGGGCUACCCGGAGGCGAUCGCCGAGCGGCCGUUUGUCUUUUUCGCCUGCCUGCCGUAUGGCCGCCGCGAGCCGACGGUGUGCACGGCGGAGUGCCCGAAGGUGUCGGGGCAGUACGUGCGCUGGUACAACGGCUCGCUCAUCUCGUGCCCCACCGCCAACGGCCGCUCCAUUCCCGCCACCACCUACCCGACCACGCACCUGCAGCAGAACUGCGUGCCGUCCGCCGCGUCGCUGUACGCGCUCGUCGCCACCCAAAUCGACACGGACGCCUUCCCCUCGACCCUGGAGGGGAUGCUCAAGGCUCGCUGGCUCCUCGCCGCCGCCGCGUGCGCCGCCGCGCUGCUGGCCGCCGGCUGGGGGUUGGCUGUCCGCGCGCUGGCGCCGUCUCGACGGCGCGCGACCCUCAAUAAGAGAAAGACAGAAGAGGGCUUGUCGGUGGCGGGGGAGAUGCCGGUCCUCCAGGGCUCUCUGCAGGUUGCGACAAACGCGCAGAUGGCGGCAGCUCUCGCCGCCAUCGCCACCGCCAUCGCGGUCGGUGUCGGUGUCGCCCUGUCCUGCGGCCUGCAGCAGCGGCUGCUGCAGGCGGGCGGGCUGUUGCGAGAGGCGUCGGAGGCGAUUGCAUCGCUCCCAGCCCUCCUCGCGCAGACCGACGGCUCCGGCAAGCCCGAGCUGAGCCUCACUCCCUGCCUUAUCGGUCGCUCUCUCUCUGACCGGUGA